CGCCCCCGGCCGUGCGCCUACGUAGAGUCGUAGAGAGGUGAGGCGCGUGCCCAUGGCACCCACCCAGCAUCAUCACGCCCACACCUCCUGCUCGCGCGUAUAAAAACGGUUCAUGGAAGGAUUGGAGGCCGCUGGCUACCACGCGGAUCGGAAGAAUCCAUCGAUUUCUCGGGAGAGGGAUAUCCGUUUCUGCAUCAUCAGCAGCAGCGGCGAUGCCGUUCUUCGAGGAAAUGAUGGAGGGAUCGUCGUACAUCCGCACGCACCUGCAGCAGAUCGCCGCAGCGUCGGUCUCCACGGCAAGCUGCGGCGGCGCGUCUAACACCGACGCCGAUGACGCGGAGUGCCGCGACGAGGCGGCGGCGCUGAGGCUCAAGAUGGUGGCCGUCGCGGCCAUACUCGUCGCCGGCGCGACCGGCGUCGCGAUCCCGCUCGUCGGCCGCCGCUGCCGCGGGCGCGGAGGAGGAGCCUCCUCCUCCUCCGGCUCCUUCUCCUCCUCCCCCUCCGCCGGCGGGGCGUUCGUGCUCGUCAAGGCGUUCGCGGCCGGGGUGAUCCUGGCCACGGGCUUCGUCCACAUGCUGCACGACGCGGACGAGGCGCUCACGGACCCCUGCCUCCCCGCCGCGCCCUGGCGCCGCUUCCCGUUCCCGGGCUUCGUCGCCAUGCUCGCCGCGCUCGCCACGCUCGUCUUCGACUUCGUCGGCACGCACAUGUACGAAAGCAAGCAGCACAGCGCCGACGCGGCGGAAGCCGCCGCCGCCGCAGGCAAUGCCAGUGUCAAUGCGAGCGGCCACGACGUGACCGCGGCGCUGCUAGAGGACGGCGCGCUCGCGGGGAGCGUUGCCAGCGGCAUAGGGUACGGCGCGCUCAUGGGGAGCGUUGGCAGCAGCAUAGGGUACAGCGCGCUCAUGGGGAGCGUUGGAAGCAGCAUCGGGGGAGGCCACAUGGACCCCAUGCACAUCGUGGGGAUGCGCGCGCACGCCGCGGCGCACAGGCAUAGCUACUCCCACGGGAUCGGCCCUUGUGAUGACGGUCACAAUGGGAACGAUGAGGAGCCGUCCCAAGCUCGUCAUGUGGUUGUCUCACAGAUUCUUGAGCUUGGGAUUGUAUCACACUCGGUGAUCAUCGGACUAUCUUUGGGCGUCUCACAGAACCCCUGUACCAUCAAGCCUCUAGUUGCUGCCCUCUCCUUCCACCAGUUUUUUGAGGGCUUUGCAUUGGGCGGCUGCAUUUCUGAGGCUCAGUUCAAGGGUUUCUCUACACUCCUUAUGGCUUUCUUCUUCGCUAUCACAACGCCUACUGGGAUCACCGUGGGGGCAGGUAUCGCGUCCUUCUACAACCCCAACAGCCCGAGGGCACUUGUGGUAGAGGGCAUUCUGGAUUCCAUAUCGGCUGGUAUUCUGAUCUACAUGGCCUUGGUGGACCUCAUUGCAGCUGAUUUCCUCAGCAAGAGAAUGAGCUGUAACCUGAGGCUUCAAGUCUGCUCAUACAUUGCCUUGUUCCUUGGUGCCAUGUCCAUGUCGUCUCUGGCCAUCUGGGCUUAGCAAGUAGAAUGGAAGUAAGGCAAAGGUUUGAGGGGGGCUGCUUAAUUGCCUUUCGUAGCAGCGGUUCUCUCCGGCAGCUAGUUGGUUGAAUUCUUCAUGAGAAUGGGGGCAUUCUUUUUUCUUUCCUCAUUCUUUGUUGUCUAUUGUCUCUCAUGUUGUGUGGCCGUAAGAUUCAGUCCUUUUGGUGUACAAAAUCAAUGCUCUUCUUUGGGAUACAUUGUACUGGAUUAGAAGACAGAUGGACAUAGUAGUUCAGGGUUUCAGGAAAUAAAUGGUUCUUGACUCCCAUCAGUCUUUACAGAUGUAUAUUAAUUAGAAAAGGCUUAUCAGUGCUCUGUCUUGCAAGCAUUUUUCGUAAGCAUAUAAGACUGAAUGUUGGAAA